CAGAGAGAGGCAGCACAGGAGUGACAGAGGGGCGACACUGACAACCAUCUCCCUCACUGGGGGAGAGAGAGAGAGAGACGGAGAGAGAGAGAGAGCGAGAGAGAGAGAGAGAGAGAGACGGAGAGAGAGAGAGAGGAGGUAAAACAGUGAGAGAAGUAAGUUUUUAGGUGGAGGAAGGACAAGUGAGGGAGAGCUUGGUGGGUGGCAGUUGGGGGGAAUUGGGCUCUCCAUUUUCCCUUUUCUCUCUCUCUUUUUUUGUGACUGCCUGCCUCCACUCUUGUCUUUCUCCUCUACUCCACCUCCUCCUCCUCCUCCUCUUCCUCGUCUUCCUUCUCUGUCUGCUCCUCUUCUCAUCCCGGCUCCCCUCUCCCAGCUCCCGCCGUGGGGUCUCAGCUCUCCGUCUCCCUCCCCCCCUCCCUCACUCCCUACCUCCCGCGAGCCCUGCUGGGAGCCUCCGGGCUGCUGCGCCGCAGGAGGAUGUCUCGCCGGGAGUCUCCACCACCGCCGCCCUCUCCACCUCCACCUGCACCUCCGCAGCUGCUGGGAGUGCAGAGGGGACAGGUGGACCGUGAGGACCGUCCGGAGCGCGCGGAGCCACUGUCCGACACAGAGCGGGAGAUCAUCCAGGACACAUGGGGACAGGUCUACAAGAGCUGUGACGAUGUAGGAGUGUCUGUGCUCAUAAGGUUCUUUGUGAAUUUCCCAUCAGCCAAACAGUACUUCAGCCAGUUCCAGGAAAUGGAGGAUCCAGAGGAGAUGGAGCGAAGCACUCAACUUCGGCACCAUGCCCGCAGGGUGAUGAACGCCAUCAAUACUGUGGUGGAGAAUCUCCACGACCCUGAGAAAGUGUCGUCAGUGCUGGCUCUGGUGGGAAAGGCCCACGCUAUCAAACACAAGGUGGAACCCAUGUAUUUCAAGAUCCUGAGUGGCGUGCUGCUGGAGGUGUUGUCUGAAGACUUCCCAGAAUUCUUUACGGCAGAGGUGCAGAUGGUGUGGGCCAAACUGAUGGGGGCAGUGUACUGGCACGUGACAGGGGCGUACACGGAGGUGGGGUGGCUCCAGGUCUCCAGCUCCGCCGUGUGAAGAGUACGGAUGAAGAGAGGGUAAAGGAGUUUCCAGUGGACUUGGAAAAUGAUGUGUUUGUAAUAAUGCAAAUGCAGAUGUAGACGAGUCGGUUUGAAAGGCGUUCUGCGAGGAUGGCUAAAUUAACAUGGAUGAGACUGAUGUUGUAAUCCGUGCAACUCUGUACUUUCAUUUUGGAGAUAUUUUGGUGCUAAUCCUUGGUUGUUGUGUUUUCUUUUCUGCGUUGCACUUCCCAGACAUCACUUGGAUACCAAACAAUGUAGCCACACGUCAUUGAUGAUGUUUUAGCUUAUGUCAGUGAUGCUUUGAUGUGUGUAUAUAGAGCCAUGUAAGUGAUCAAUGCGAUACGUAAUCAUUCAGGUGUUUUACUUCCAGACCAAAAAACACACUACGCACCACUUCCUCUGUGGCAAACGAUCUUCCCCACUAAAGAACCUAGAAGAGCUUAGACAAAAUAAAAUUUGCUACAUUUA